AUAAGCCAGAGUCAGGGAGAUUCCAGUCAAGUGUCUGCCGGCUGCAUUUACAGACAGCUCUUAUCAGACAGGGUGAGGCAGAAUAGCAGCAGAGGGAAAAGAGUGAACACAUACUCAGUGUGCAUAUCAUGAAGGACUGUUUUAGAGGAGGAGAGACAGCCAGACAUCCCAUGAGGCCAGUGCCUAUUCUCUCUCUCUGCAAGACCGGAGCUUGUGAUCACUCAUCACCGCAGCUCCACUAAGGCACAGGAAGCAGAGAGGAUCCUCAAACACCACAGAACUGCUUAAAAAAUCUGAGCUCUGGGAGAGGAUAGACAUGCACAGGUGCUGGUAGAGGGAGAGGAGGGAGCGAGAGCGCAUAGAGAGAGAGAGAGAGAGAGAGAGAGAGGAAGAAGAGGGGGGAGCAGUGAGGGGAGGUGUAGGAGGAGACUUUGACUUGCUUCAGAAGGGAAUAGGAGCCGGAGAGCAAUUCCAAAACAGCUGUCCGGCAGACGUCCCAGUCGACAGAAGUGCAGCCCCGAGGCAGAGACAGGAGGCAGGGCAGUGUCAACAAGCCACAGGAGCAGAACAGCAGCCACUGAACACACACAUACAUACAGACACAUCAACCUCAGAGGCUGCAGCGUUCAGGAGAACAGCAGCGAUACCUGGGACGGAUCAACCAAGAGGAAAGUGGCCAUUUGACCUUCCUACAGCGACGGACGUCACCAGUCCUGCUUGGAAUCCCGUUUCCUGAUCGAUGCCGCAAUUGCUGAACUUAUUUUUGGAGUCCUGUCUGUUACUGAGAAUGUAACUGGAGCUCCUCCCGGGGGGAACUGCAACGUCCAGAACUUGUAGAGCGUUUCCGACUUUUCCUAUCCUGCAUAUCUGAGAUCUCUUCUGCAGCUACAGCCAUGCCGGCAAAAGCACCCAUAUACCUGAAACCCAACAAUAACAAGAAGGGAAAGAAAUGUCGCCUCAGAGAUAUUCUGUCCCCAGACAUGAUCAGUCCACCGCUGGGGGACUUUCGCCAUACCAUCCACAUUGGCAGGGGCGGAGAGAGAGACGCCUUCGGAGACAUGUCUUUCCUCCAGGGGAAGUAUGAACUCCUACCCGGGAAGGGAGGCGUCCACCCUCAGUACGGCAUCCAGAGUGAGUUUCUGAGAGCUCACAGCACCGGCGAUGCUUCCUUCACCGAGACCCCCUCUCCGGUGCUCAAGAACGCCAUCUCCCUCCCAACUAUCGGCGGCUGCCAGGCGCUCACCCUCCCCAUGAUCUCCUCCACUGUGUUCUCCAUGCCCCCGGAGCCGCUGGAAGACAUCAUGGGGUCUCCCAUGAAACCUGACAGCACAGAGGAGGUGGAGAUCUUGCAGAUGGACGCUCUGCUGCGCUCCAUGGAUGUCUUCAACAGCGGGCCUCCAUCUCCUUCCACAGAUAUCCAAUCGAAGCCUGACGUCCUCCUGGAUCUGCUGGAAAACACAGAUAAGUCCACCUCGAAGGCAGUCGCCAAAGCUAACAAAAUAAACAAGAGCAAACCCAGGUUUGACAAGCCAUCGUCCUACUAUAUCAACGGUCACAGCACCUUCAAAGCUAACGGCAGCCUGAACAGUGACAUGAGCAGCGACAGCUUUGACAGCUUUUGCGGCAAAGGGGACUUUCAGAGCAAGAUCUGCAACGGCAGCAGGAGUCUCAACGGAAACGGCAACUGCAACGGUUACGGACACUUUAACAAUGACAUUACUCUGGGCUUCAAGCAGGAGCUCUCAAAGUGCAAUGGAGAGUGGGUGGACAGGGACAGCGGUGUGGAGGAGGGCCGCAUCUGUGAUUUUGAGUUUGAGUUUUCCAAGGAGAAGACCAUGUCGCGGGAUUCCCUCGCCCACAUCACGGGGUCACUCCUCUCCCUCGAACUCGAUCUGGGCCCGUCCAUCUUGGACGAUGUGCUCAACAUAAUGGAUAAACCCGCAGCGAAGAGCAGGCCUUGAGCUGCGCCGAGGCCCCAGGAGGACAAAGGGAAUUAUUAAACUAUAGCCACGAGGAGGGAAAGACUCACAAAGCAAUCAAAAUGGUGUCUGGAUAUAUCAUUGAGAUGAAACGAGCUACAAUAGACAGAGCUGCUUAUGUUUUUAUUGUCAAAACAUAUAACUAUUCUAGCUUCUAUGGAGUGUUGAUUCUUCUUCUUCUUCUUCUUUUUUGUUUGCCAUGCCAGCUGCAUGUUUAAGAUGCAUGUGCUAUUGAGUUAAAACACAGCCAUCGUGCCUUUGAUUUUACAUUACUGUAAAAAUGCUACAUGAUAGAUUUGUGUUCUUAUGUUGACUUCCACCGUAUAUACACAGUAACUUUGAGGCCCUUUGCUUUUUUUACACAGUCUUGAACAUAUUGCAUUUUGUGACUUUAAGUGUGUUUAACAAAGCAUUAUUUUGUCUGUCACAUAAUUCAUUUGCCACAUUUCAAACAGCAGAACACUAUGCAUAUUUGUGUUUUUAAAAUUGUAACACAAAUAAAUUCAUUUUGUCCUA